UUCUCCUGUGUGUAUUUCAGAAAGCGAGGAGCCCGUAUCGUGCGGCGGUGCGGUGUUGUGUGCGCUGUGCUGCUGGCACGCUGCUGAUUGCCCAGCGCCUGGCAGCGUCUCAGUGAAUACCAAUCGCUUCAUUACUGCGGGACAGGGGGAUUACACCGGGUCGUGUUAAAUCAUACUACUACUAAUAAUAAUAGUAACAAUAACAAUCCCAUCACCUGGAAACCUGCUUUUUGACUUUACCGCCGCUCUGCGCUCAUCUCACCUGAGUGUCCCGGGAAAGAAGCGUGCUUCCUGGGGAUAAGGAAAGCAAGCCCAGCAUUUUGAAAAGAACUGCAGGGAUUCGAUUGGGAUGACCAGCAGGAGGAGGAGCCCUGACUGGUGACCAGCCACUCAGCGCAGUGCACUCUCAGAGAGGACUAUUCUGUGGUAGGGGAGUACAGGACUGACUGCCUGCGCACGAGGGGAGUGCAGAGGGAGGUGGGGGCGGCAGUGUCUCCCGGCCUCACGGCUAUGCGCGAGUGUGAUAGCAGGUCACGGCCAUGGAGACGGACAGCUACAGGGGGCUCCUGGAGACCAGCGACGGCUUCGACCCAGAGUCGGGGGGCUGGUACCUGCCCUACCCGCUGUGGCUCCAGGUCUCCCUCUCAGGCUUCCUGAUGCUGGAGAUUGUGCUGGGCUUCAGCAGCAACCUGACAGUGCUGGUGCUGUACUGCAUGCAGUCCAGCCUGGUGGACUCGGUCAGCAACACGGUGACCAUGAACCUGCACGUGCUGGACAUCAUCGUGUGUGUGGUGUGCGCGCCGCUCACCAUCGUGGUCAUCCUGCUGCCACUGGAGCAAAAUGCAGCCCUGCUGUGCUGCUUCCACGAGGCCUGCGUCACCUUCACCAGCAUCGCCACGGCCGUCAAUGUGCUGGUCAUCAGCAUGGACCGCUACGACAUCUCUGUGCGGCCUGCCAACCGUGUCCUGACCCCUCCCCGCGCCGCCCUGCUGCUAGCCUGCGUGUGGGCUGUCUCCUUGGCUGUCUUCUUCAUCCCCUUCCUGGAGGUGCGCUUUUUCGGAGACCCGGGUGAGGGGGGCAGCAGCGAAGCGGCCUGGGAGAACCGCACCCUGCUGUGCCUGAGCGGGGCUGGAGGGAGGUGGCAAGCAGACUAUCACAGGGAGCUGGGCAUGUACUACCACCUGCUCCUCCAGAUCCCCAUGUUCUUCGUGGCCAUGGCAGUCAUGCUGGUCACCUACUAUAAAAUCCUGCAGGCACUCAACAUCAAGAUCGGCUCGCAUUUUAAGAGGAGCCAGCGGCGCAAGAACGCCGGGAGCAGCGGGAGCUGCGCCAACAGCAGCAGCAACAAGAAGAAGAAAAGGAAAUCUUCCGCCCCGAUGCUGGCUGCACCCAGCGAGUCCAAACUCCUGACCCAGCCCCCUCCCCUCAUCCCCGGCUCCACCCCCCAGCCCCCCGUCUCUCAGAUGGGGGUCCAGGCUUCCGUCUCAGUUAUCAUCGCCCUGCGGAGGGCGGUGAAGCGGCACCGGGACCGCCGCGAGCGCCAGAAGAGGGUGUUCCGGAUGUCUCUGAUCAUCAUCUCCACGUUCCUGGGCUGCUGGGCUCCCAUCUCAGUGGUGAACCUGCUGAUCCUGUGCCUGGGCCCCAGCGACAGGCUGGUGACGGUGCGGAUCUGCUUCCUCGCCCUGGCGUACGGCUCCACCAUCUUCCACCCGCUGCUCUACGCCUUCACCCGGCAGAAGCUGCGCAAGGUACUGAAGAGCAAGGUGCGGAAGCGCGUGGUGUCGCUGCUGCAGGUCGACCCAGCUCCCAGUGGCACCGUGAUCCACAACUCCUGGGUGGAGCCCAAGAAGGGGGGCCGCAAGCCCAGGCUGGAGUGCAGUGACGCCACAGACCGCUGCCUCACCGAGGCUGUCAGGGAGUGACUCUGCCUUUCUUACAGCCAUCCCUCUUUUCUGCCUUCUCUCUCCCAGCCUCUUUCCUCUCUCUCUUCCUUCCCUGUCCUUCCUCCUCCAUCUCCCCCCAUUUUUUCCACCUUGCUUAUUUUCUUUGUUUAAUUCUUCUCCCUUCCUUUCUUCAUUUCCCUUUUUCAUUUUGUCUGUCCCUUGCUUCUGCAUUCCCUGUUGUCUCCUUGAUUUAAUUCCUGCUGUCUCCUUUUUUUUCUCCAUUUCCCUGUCCCCUAUUCCCUUUUCCCUUCCUGCAGAGUCUCUUGCCUCUGUCUUCCUCCCUUCCCUGUAUUAUUGUAAUUACCUUGUCUUGUUUUAUUGAGAAAACAACCAGCAAAAAUCUCUUUUUCAGACACUGUAGACUGCAACUAUUACAACAGGUGCAACAGCACAGUUUGUAUCCUCCUGUGUGAGUAACCACAGCACUCUAUGAACACUCACAGUGUAUUCUGUUCAUACAGUGAAUGGGAAAGAAAGACUGUUCAAACCUGUAUGUAAGAGCUGUGAUAUUGGAGAAUCACUUUCCUUAGAUCGACCUCUGUAGGGUCUGCUUUAAGAAGGGUCUGGAGCAGAGCGAUUCACCCAGCAGCACUGACUGUGGGUCUGGAGCAGAGCCAUUCACCCAGCAGCACUGACUGUGGGUC